AUGGCGCCGCCUUCCGACAUUCAGCAAAAAGAUGCUAAGCAGGCAUUGGCCGAAGAUGGGUACGACGAUUGCACAGCUUGCAGAGUGACCGGUGCUGCUGCAUUCAUUGGUCUCGGUGUCUAUAGCUAUCAUACGGGCAUGAGCAACCUCCGCAAACAAGAGGCGGCAAUUAUGCAGAGCUCGACCAAGUACAAAAUGGGCUCUCGCCGAAUGGGAAUCGCAACUAUUUCAUUGAGCCUGAUUGGCUUGGGCAUCUGGCGAGGAUUUAAUUGA